AUGAGACAUAUGUUUGUCCACGGUCUACAGAUCAUCGCUGCUUGUCUAGCGGUGAUCGCGCUCCUCGUUGGUUAUGAUCUCUUUUAUGGAGGUGCAUAUCUCGAUGUUGUGUACCAGCCUUUCCGUUCGGUUGAAAACACCAUUGCGCAUCACAGUAUUAGCCAUGCCAUCCACAUCCCAACAUCAACUGUCACAUUCCGCCCCACCCGGACUCCGAAUCCUACUCUUGACACCGUCUUGACACCCACGCCGAUACCACCGCUGCCCGGUGAUAACGAUGACACCGCCUCCGCAUUGCCGGACGGCGACCCGGAACACCUCAAGAAUGCGCCCAAGUACAUCACCGCGAUCCUCGACGCGGACGAUAAGUCCAUGCCCCGCCUCGACUGCCCCCGCCCAGAUACUGCGCGCUACCAGUACCUCAAGCCUUCGGCCGCGCUGAAGAGGAAGCCCAAGUACUUCAUCGCCCUGAACAUCCGCCAAAAGGUCGAACUCCUCCCGCGGCUCAUGGGCUCCAUCGUCGAGGCCCUUCGCUUCCUCGGCCCGGAGAACUGCGUGCUCUCCGUCGUCGAGGGUAACUCGCGUGACGGCACCUACGAGGUCCUCCACCUCCUCCGCCCGGAGCUCGAGCGGCUCGGCGCCGAGUACCACUUUUCCCGCAGCGACCUCGACCCGGGCGCCGGCGACCGCAUCCCCAAGCUCGCCGAGCUGCGCAACAUGGCCCUCGCGCCCCUCGUCGCCGACCCCGCGCGCUACGCCGCCGACGCCGUCGUCCUCUUCCUCAACGACGUCGCCGCCUGCCUCGAGGACAUCCUCGAGCUGGCCCACCAGCGCCUGUACCUCGGGGCCGACAUGACGUGCGCAUUCGACUGGACCUACGUCGGCGCGGACCCGACCUUUUACGACGUCUGGAUCAGCCGCACCAUCGCCGGCGACUCCUUCUUCGAGAUCCCCCCCGACGGCAACUGGAACUCGGCCUGGAACAUCUUUUGGAACGAGCAGACGUCGCGCCGGCGCUUCGCCAGCCACAAGCCGCUGCAGGUCUUCUCGUGCUGGAACGGCGCCGUCGCCGUCACGGCCCGCCCGCUGCUGGACCGCCUCGUGCGGUUCCGCGCCCCCAGGCCGGGGGAGUGCUUCCAGGGCGAGCCCCAGCUGUUCUGCAAGGACAUGUGGAACGCCGGCUUCGGCAAGAUCGCCGUGGUGCCGAGCGUCAACUUGGAAUACAGUGACGAGGCCGGGCGCAAGAUCAAAGCCGCCAAGGGGUACACCAGCCAGUGGGUCGGGGACGAGGACAAGGACGACGACUUCAAGGUCGAUUGGAAGGCCGAUCCGCCCGAGAAGGUCAAGUGCAUGGCCAGCUACGACAAGCAGACGUGGGAGCCCUGGAAUCAGGGGCUAGAAUAG